UUUUGGCGAUAUAAAAGCUCGAAUCAUCCAAAGCAGCUAUGUUCUAUGGUUUAAGAUUCCUUAGAAGACAGAGUCACAAAAUGAAGAUCCUGUUUUUCCUGUGUGCACUGUUCGUAGCCGUCCUGGCGAGGCCUCAGAACCUACCCUUUUACCAGGAAGGUGUGCAGAUCGGAAGCCGUAUCCAGUUUCUCGCUCCCUAUGAAACCGUCAUCGAUUCCGGAGUAAUCCCACUGGUAAACGUGCAGGAGGACAUUCCCUUCGCCCAGAACGUCGAUCUGCAGCGUUUCCUCACCGGGCUGGACGGUGCCGUCGCUUCCACUCUGCAGCGCUCGGUUGGCGAAGCUCUGGCCUAAGCAAUUCCGAUGGCUCACCUCGAACCACAGCUAGAACGACCCCGGCAAACGAUCAACGGACUCCGAAUGCUCAAGUGAUUGAGAUGAUAAUGAUUAUGCUGAUACUACACCAACUAUUGACAUCUUUUGUGGCCACAAAGUUGACUUUUUCUGAUCAAAUCGGACGACGGCUGCUUCUUCCAUACAUGACGAGUAUGGUAGUAGAGCACUUGGAAAUGAGAGUUAAAGACGUGAUUCCAAUGAAAAACGUUUCGCGAACGUGUGAGAAAUCUUCAAAGCUAGUGAAUCCUAAAUGAAAAUAAACUUAUUUUAUUUAUUUUUAGACAGUAAUUUGAAUAAAGUAACGAAAAUGUA